AUGUACAGUCUCAGAGGCUAUGGUGGGAACCACCUGGGAAUGUUUGCAGGCACCCGCAGCGACUUCAUCAUCACGCAGCACCCCGAGUUCAAUUUGGGGCGUCUGGCAUCGGAACGAGGUCUGGGUCACCAGUGGGACACCACGAAGUGUGCCACUUCGAAGAGUAACAGGAGUUGGGUGAUGCAGAAACUGAACACGUCGAUGCGUGAGAGUUCGCCGCGGCUUUGUGGGUCAGGGAACCUGAAUCGGUGGACCGACGGCAGUUGUGAGAAGAUUGAGAACUCAUUCUUACGGUUGGCAUAUGCGCUAGGUGUGGCAGAUGCACGGUAA